CUUGAAGCAUUCCUGCUAUUAUGAUCCAAACAUGCCAUAGUUUGUCUUCAAGCAUUAUGUAUCUUGGGGAGCACGUGUGUCGAGGCGAAAUUGCCGGAGGGGGUGCGAGGUGACAGCUGUGGCCCCGCCUGGUCGAUCAGCUGCAGAGGGACCCCACCAGUCCAGAGAGGAGAAAGAAAGGGAGGGGAUCAAUAGGCGCUGGUGUGGGUCUCACUUUCACUCCUUCAAUCUCUCUGGUGGGCUGAAUGCGCGAGCCCCCGUUCUUCGAACACUAUUUAUGUUCUCGAGCGCGCAAGGAAGCAGGUCCAAAUCCUGAUCACAGCAUCUUGCUCACUGAAAUACCGAAAUAUCGGGGAAACCAUGACAACAGCAGAAACCGGAGAUUGAGAGCUGAGUCGCAGUCAACAAACUGCCAGCAGAACCAGUAGAACGGGGAACUCUGAUGUGAAAGAAGAAGCAUCUUGUUUUACAACAACAGUUUGAUUUCAAACCCCUGGCUUUUUCUCUAUCAAGUAUGGAAUCCUCGAUGACGCGCGCAGAGCAGAAUAUCAUGACAGUUCUAUGGGGAGUGAUGGUCAUGGCCUCCUGUGGCAAUAGCGCACGAAUUGUCAGUGGUCAGACGGUGUGUCAGGGAGGGGCGGAGCAUCCGUGCUACAAGAUGGCCUACUUCCGGGACAUGACCAGCCGCGUUGCAUUCUGGGAGGCCAGACAGGCAUGUGAGAUGGACGGCGGGUCCCUGCUGAGCAUAGAGAAUGCUGCCGAGCAGAGACACAUAGAGCACCUGCUACAAGAGCUUCGGACCUCCUCAACAGGAGCGGGGACAGAAACAGGGGCUGGAGCGGGGACCGGUAACGGAGGAAUAGCAGACGGUGAUUUCUGGAUCGGGCUGACAAGGACAGAUGGAGAGAACACACAGGAACAAGAUCACUUCGCCUCCUGUCCCGACCUCUACCGCUGGACUGAUGGGAGUGUGUCACAGUUCAGGAAGUGGUAUUUUGACGAGCCGUCGUGCGGAGGGGAAGCGUGUGUAGUGAUGUACCACCAGCCCACAGCUCUCCACGGGCUGGGCGGGGCCUACAUGUACCAGUGGAACGACGACAGAUGCAACAUGAAGCACAACUUCAUCUGCAAGUACGAACCAGAGAGCCAUCUGGUGAAGGAGCAGGGGGACAGGCCUGGAGCUCGUGACCCAGAUGUGACGGUGGCACAGACAAUAGAGGUCAAACAGGCUGGUCCCAGUGAGGAGGAACACGUAGUCAUAGCCGGACCAGGGAUGUUUCUGGUCUAUGUGAUCAUCCCCACCAUCCCUCUGCUGCUGCUCAUCCUGGUGGCUUCUGGGACUUGCUGUUUCCAGAUGUUCAGCAAGAGCAAACCGGGGACCAAAACCAGCAUCAACCAAUCAACACUCUGGAUAUCCAAGACCCCUAAGACGGACAGCAUGGAAGUAUGACGGGCAGGUGACAUCACAAACAAGAUCGUCAGAAUGAACAGAACCAACAGAAUGAUAAAGCCUCUCCUCUGAUACUGUCCCCUGUUCCAAAUACCUCUAACCAUUCACCUCAACCAAUGAACAGCUCUCGUCUUCUACAUGUCCUUUGUCCAGUUUGUUCAUGUCUCCACCACUCUAUUUAGAUUCUCCUUAUUUAUUUUUACCUCUCCUCCUCUCCUCCCCUCCAUCCUAACCCUCCUCUCCUCCUCUCCUCCCCUCCAUCCUAACCCUCCUCUCCUCCUCUCCUCUCCUCCAUCCUGUCCUCCUCUCCUCUCCCCUACCCUAACCCUCCUCUCCACCCCCCCCUGUCCAGUCCUCUCCUCUCCUCCCCUCCAUCCUAACCCUCCUCUCCUCCUCUCCUCUCCUCCAUCCUGUCCUCCACUCCUCUCCUCCCCUCCACCCUAACCCUCCUCUCCAUCCCCCCUGUCAAGUCCUGUCCUCCUCUCCUCUCCUCCCCUCCACCCUAACCCUCAUCUCCUCCCCUCCAUCCCAUCCUCCUCUCCACCACUCCUCCCCUCCACCCCCCCUGUCCAGUCCUCCUUUCCUUUCCUCUCCCCUACCCUAACCCUCCUCUCCACCACCCCCCCGUCCAGUCCUCUCCUCCUCUCCUCCCCUCCAUCCUAACCCUCCUCUCCUCCUCUCCUCUCCUCCAUCCUGUCCUCCUCUCCUCUCCCCUACCCUAACCCUCUUCUCCACCCCCCCUGUCCAGUUCUCUCCUCUCCUCCCCUCCAUCCUAACCCUCCUCUCCUCCUCUCCUCUCCUCCAUCCUGUCCUCCACUCCUCUCCUCCCCUCCACCCUAACCCUCCUCUCCAUCCCCCCUGUCAAGUCCUGUCCUCCUCUCCUCUCCUCCCCUCCACCCUAACCCUCAUCUCCUCCCCUCCAUCCCAUCCUCCUCUCCACCACUCCUCCCCUCCACCCCCCCUGUCCAGUCCUCCUUUCCUUUCCUCUCCCCUACCCUAACCCUCCUCUCCACCCCCCCCCUGUCCAGUCCUCUCCUCCUCUCCUCCCCUCCAUCCUAACCCUCCUCUCCUCUCCUCCAUCCUGUCCUCCACUCCUCUCCUCCCCUCCACCCUAACCCUCCUCUCCACCCCCCCUGUCAAGUCCUGUCCUCCUCUCCUCUCCUCCCCUCCACCCUAACCCUCCUCUCCUCCCCUCCAUCCCAUCCUCCUCCCCUCCACCCCCCCUGUCAAGUCCUGUCCUCCUCUCCACCCCACAUUCUCCUCUCCACCCCCCCGUCAUGUCCUCUGCUUCACCCUUCCUGUCCUGUCCUCCUCUCCACCCCCACCCUCCUCUCCACCCCUCCUCCCCUCUUUUCUCCUCCACCCCAUUCCUCCUCUCCACCCCUCCUGUCCUCCUCUCCACUCCCCCAUUCUCCUCUUCACCCCUCCUGUCCUCCUCUCCACCCCCCCAUUCUCCUCUCCACCCCCAUCAUGUCCUCCUCUCCACCCUUCCUGUCCUCCUCUCCACCCUCAUCCUCCUCUCCACCCCCUCUCCUCCUCUACACCCCUCCUCCCCUCUCCCACUCUCCACCCCCCAUCAUGUCCUCCUCUCCACCCCACUCUCCUCCUCUCCACCCCUCCUCCCCCAUCCUGCCCUCCUCUCCACCCCUCCACCCCCAUCCUGCCCUCCUCUCCACCCCUCUUCCCCGUUCCUCCUCUCCACCCUUCCUCCUCCUCUCCCACUCUCCACCCCCCUGUCCUGUCCUCCUGCUAAUGUGUUAUAGCAAACAAAAUGAAAGUAGGUAAUGGAUUAUUUGGCAGUCCUGUACCUCUCUGAUAUCAACACUACAGUGGUGCCUUUUCCUUGUGCUGCUGUUGCCAUGGAGUUAUGUUACCGAUGUGUGUGUGUAUGUGUGUGUGUGAACAUGCAACUGUGUGUGUACACUAAUGUGCGUGUGCACAAGCGUGCGUGUGUUACAGUAAUUGUCCCAAACACAGAAAGUCAUUAAGUAUCAGUAAUGAAGUGUGGUGCGAGGGGGGACCCUGAUAAAACAAGGAAUUUAACCAUCCUCUGUAACCAGGAAUAGGGUCAGAACCACUUAACACAUCACACAGAUUUACUCCUGAACAGCAGCAGUAGACCCACACAGGGAAAGAGAGGGUAGGGAGAGGGGGGAGAGGGGAGGGAGAGAGGAGGGAGAGGGGGGUGAGAGGAGGUAAAGAGGGAUGAGGAUGGAAAAGAGAAAAAUAAGGGAAAGUGAAUGAAAGGAUUAAAAACAGGGAAAGAGAUGGUGAAUAGGGAAAUAAGGCUUUAAUGGAUAUUGAAGUUUGUUAUUUGAUCUGCUUGCCAUGGUUCAGGUUUAGUACUAGCUUAACUCUCUGU